CAUAUUAAUUUACAAUAAGUAAAUAAAUAAAAAGAGUAAGUGCAAUAAGCACGCCAUUGUUGUGACCACAAAAAGAGCAGCGAUGAUGGGCAGCAUGAGCUUAAACUUAAUAACUACCCCUACGAUUCUCCCGUUUGGAAGUCGCAGUUUUGCACAGUUUGCGAAGAAGAAGGCAAGAGCGAGUUGCAGUCUGAGAGACGAUGAUGCUCCUCUCUCCAUUGCUUCGUCUUACGCCGUGCUUGGUCUCGACCCUCACUGCUCCGCCGCCGAUAUCAAAGCUGCUUUUCGAACCAAAGUGAAGCAGUUCCAUCCAGACCUCAACAGAGAUGCUAAUGCAAGAACAUUUUCUGAUGCUAUGAUUCGCCGCGUAAUUCAAGCAUACCGGAUACUAUCCAACUGCACUCCAUCAGAAUUAAUUGAAAGUGAAUGCUUAGAUCCCUUUGACACGCCAGAGUGUGAAGCUUUUGAUCUUUUUGUUAACCAGCUGCUUUGUGUCGGCAAAGCGUGUUCAAAUUCCUGUGUGGAAAGAGCCCCUCAUGCUUUCACAUAUGCCUCUUCAACUGGAACAGCACGUGCAUCUUCUCAAGGUCAUGGGGACGACUACCAAGUUCAAUGUGCUGUUGGACAAUGCCCUAGAAGUUGCAUUCACUACGUAACCCCGUCACAAAGAAUUCUCUUGGAGGAGCUACUUGACAGUACACUGGAAGCACCCUAUGAUACAUCAGCUGAGGCAGACUUGCUGUAUUCACUUAUAACUAAAGCUAAGUUUGAGAAUAACCGAUAUCAAAAACCAAAGAAGCAACCCAAAUCUUCAAGCCAACAUGUCGAUUGGUUUUAACAUUUGGAUAGCAACCCUGCCCAAAUACACUCCCCAGCCAAUAGCACUGAGAUUGAUGGGACAUGGUUUACAAUACACUACACUACCAAUUGCUAGAUAUCAGAUGCUCAUAGAAGCCUUAUACCCCAUUUCUCUGAAACAUACGCGAAGAAUAUAAGCUACGUACAGUUUCUGAUAUGUAUUUUUUUUUUUCAUUUUAUAUCUCAUAUCUUUCUUUUAUGAUUUUAGUAGGGAUAGGAAAGCCGGUAGCGGUGUCAUUUCAUGACAAGGUGGCAAGUUUGUGCAAUGCAACAUGCCUGUUUUUCAUGUAUAAACAAAUUACUCUAACUGAUGACAAAUUAGAAGUCUUUGUAUCAUUUCUGCUA